AUGGGGGUCACAAAUAACGGAUCGAAGAUUUGGGUUAGAGUGGCAAAAAACAGACAUCCUCAUCCUCAUCCUCAUCCUCAUCCUCCUACUCAUACUCAUACUGGGAACAGAAACGAAAAGGGUGUCAUCGCAAAAAUAUCGAAUAAACCAAUAACAGAUUAUUAUGCCAUACUUGGCUUAAACCACUCGGCUACUUGUGAAGAUGUGAAUAGGUCUUGGAAAAGAUUAGCUUUGAUCUAUCAUCCAGACAAAAAUCCCGCAAACCCAGGACCACCCUCGUCUGCAUCUACAUCUGUGUCUGCGUCUACGUCUACUUUUGACGGUAGCUCGCAAAAUCUUGUCAAAUCCAAUUCCAACGGCGAUGUAAAUGUACAUGUCGAUAUACGAUCAAUCAAUGAAGCUCGAACUAUCUUACUCGAUCCUACAAAAAGAGAAGAAUGGUUAAUCCACUAUAACAGCAACUACAAUUCGACGAACGGUCAUGAUAUACCUAUUCAAGAUGGACCUCAUGUGUUUAGACAUAUCUCAUUAGAUGACUUCACCCCCCACCACUUAUCAAGUGAGCAAUCCGAGGAAGCCGAUUUGACUAGUGAAGGACCGGUGAUACCGAAUGAAGGGUUAGGGAAUAUCGAUAAAGAUCAAGAGCGAGAACCUGAUUACUUUACUCAUCCUUGUCGAUGUGGAGGCACGUUCAGAAUUACUUUACAGCAAUUAGAAGAAGACGUUGAUGUUAUUGGAUGUGAAGGCUGUGGAGAGUGGAUAAGGGUAGGAUACGAAGUUAUUGAUGAGGACGAAGAAGAAGGUGAAGGGGAAUGA